GAUAAACAAAGGGCGGCCAGUUGAUAAGGAAGGCAACAGCCCGUGUCUCAAUGUCCCGGUUUGCAGAUUUCACGGCAUUGUGCGUAUACGUUGACGCGAGCCUGGCGCUCGCGUGCGUGCGUGUGGUUGUGUUUGUGUGCUUCCGCACGCGGUGUGCGUAGUACGUUUGUUGAUGGUGGUGCUAAGAACGAAGAAUCUCAGUAUUUCUACGCAUAGACACACCCGGACUACCAAAAAAGGCCAAGACCGCAGCCAUUGACGAGGAAGAUACUCAGAAAAGGAGUCACCGGUCCACAACGUUGCCAAGAGAGACACGAUCAAGAAGCAAGUUAUGAAGAUUGGAUUUCCAGAAGUGAUCACUGUACGCACGUUGUAAAAUUUCAAUGGUACCGCAUUUGUUGCGGAGACGUUGUAACAUUGUAGUAGCGUUGUAGCGGACUGCAGCCUGCCGUCUCGGGUCCUCGAAUACAGCUAAGUAUAUACUAGAAGCGUUGCGCCGUCCACUGUGGUGCGGACGAGACAUCCCGUACGCGCAAGGUCGAGCUCCCCACUCCCCCGUCUCAGAUCGAAGAAGGUCGGCAGCGGGUCGCGUCAGCGACGGGCCUCGUCCAUCAAGAGCUCGCCGCGUCUGAAAGCCGCAGGAGAAGCCAAGCUACGCCGCAGCGACGUUGCUCCACGGCUAUGUUGCUGCCUCGUCAUCCCCGCAGCAAAUUGAACAAGGGCGCCGCGUCUGUGCCACGCAAGAUUCCUAUCCUUCCAGGAGCUACAAACACCGAGAGUGCUAAACCGUAAGUGCUCGUUCAGAACAGUUUCAUCGACAGCGUUGUCGCGUUCAGCAAAAAGAUGGCCAGCAUGGAAGGAACAACGCGCGCAGUGAGGGCGGUUCAAACGUCCCGCCUGUCCCGUCAAAACUACUGUCAGGCUCACUGCGUACUGAAUAGGGUUCGCGCAGUGUCAGCGUACCGUCCGUAGAGCGGUUUCGCGCUCCUUCGUUGCAUCUAGAACGUUUCUUCGCAAAUUCCGAAAUGUGAGCCGGGAAACCACCAGUCACCUAAUCAUGCUCGGGGAGAGCGAUCGCAGAGGUCACCCAGCGGCUUGCCGUCACAGCCGCAUUGAACCAAAAGUGUUCCUGGAUCCUGUCGGCGCAACGGUUUCUUCGUCACUGUUGCAGUUACGACCACCACCAGCGCAACAACACAGGCCGUAUCGUCGAUGUAGCCUCCAGGAACCGCGCCACGCGGUGGCCUUCAGCAGUUGCUCGCUACGCUUCGGACGCCCCGACCUUCCCGCCCUAGACACCGAUGGUGAGAGAAUCGUCCUCCUGGACGCGCGGCGACGGCGCGAGAGCGUCGCCAUGUGCGAUGGCCUCCGGUCGACCGAACAAUCUGUUGGCCGCUACACCGGGGAAGACAUCGCUGCUCUUAUCGGCGGCGGCAGCCAAGUCAGCGUCGCCGUUCUCCGAGCUCCUUCCAACGAUCUGACGAGCAGCGAGCAGCUAGUCAUCGAUUACCUCAUGGCUGAUGUCGCCGCCGCCGCCGAACGGGAGCGCGUGGGCAAUACUCCGGAUGGCCUGUCUUCUGUGGCUGAAGAAACCAGGGCCAGUCGGCAGAGCGUCGCGGUGGGAGCGGAUGACAAGAUCGAUGAUGUCCGCGUUCCGAAGAUGGGUGCAAGUGCGCUGUGGACCCCGUCGACCUUCACAUUCGUGCUGCUCUUGGCGGUGCUGACGUGCGACGUCCUCCUGGCGGUCCAGUACUACCAGGAGCGGACGCUGCUGUGUCUGACCACGCUGGUCAUUAUGCACGCGCCUUCGGUGAUUUUCUUCGUCGCGAGGGUGCACUUCAUUGUGGCGCAGUCGACGGUGUCCGAAAAGUUUAUGCGGGGACUUGUGAUCGUGUGGUACGUGGUUACCUUCCCGUUGCUGCAUUUUCUGCCCCUGCUCACGCUGUCCUCGUCGCUGUUCGAUAAGACCCUGAUGAUCGUGGGCGACCCGUCGGACAUGCGGCCCUUCAUCGUGCGCCAGGAGGAGGUGGCCUUCGAGGACCUGGUCUGGGUGGCCGUGGUCCACUGCUUCCCGCAGGCCGUGCUCCAGCUCUACCUGCUCCUCUUUGAGACCAGCCCGCAACGAGUCGUCCACGACUACGCGGCGAUCCUUCAGGCCGUCACGAGCGUGUGCUGCAUCCUGCUGAUCGCGUGCGUUGCCACUUUCUACACCAAGUACGUCCGCGUCCGCGCCGACGAAGAGACGGACGAGUCGACCACCUAUGAGACCGUGCUGGGAACCUACGACGACUCCGGCACGGCCCACUUCCUCAAGUUCACUUCCUGGACCUUCAUCGCGGCCGCCAGGGUGUCCUCGAUGGCCGCCCUCUUGUCCGUUUACUCCAGUCCGGCCCUGCUAAGCCUCGCCUUCCUCCACAUUCCUGUCGUCCUCUGCUGGUCUACGACGUGCCGGACCACGUACAACGUGUCCAAGUUCCUCGGUGACCUCGCCCUAGGCUUGAUGACGAUGCUGUUUCUGGUCGAGUACCGCGGCCUGAACCGGGAAGGGCUAGCCACUGCCAUGUCCACCGUGGUGUUCCUCUGCUCGACGUUCCUGGAGAACUCCGUGUUCCUGGCGCUCGCCUACUUCCUGUCCAGGACUCUGCAGACGGUGUUGUUUGUGGUCAUAGGUGCGCAUUACGUGGCCAUGACGUGUGGCGUGUUCUUGCUGCUUUGUCACUUCAGGCUGCGCUCGCACAAGGCCGAUUACGUCUUCUGAACUGUCUGGCGGGUACGGGUGCUAGCCCUCCCCUCACAAUGACUGAAAAUUUAACUUAUUAACUUCCUUCCUUUCUCAUCUCGCGUUUGGCGAAAAUCAUCUGUUUUUUUUUUAUUUUCUUAUUAGUUUUGUUUUCUGACAGCUUUACACGAGGUUUAAUACUGACUUUUUUUUUCGGUUUUCAACGGCAUUGGCGUUGAUCGUUCCCAAAAUGGCCGAAACCGCAGCCAGAACGUUUUAGCGUGAUUCGAACAGCGAUUGAGUCGAAAGUUCGCCGGCGGCCAAGAGCGUCGUGAAAACAAGGCGAGGUUUGUCGCGAGUGUGUUUCACGAGCAAUUCAAAUUCGCCGACAGUGUCUCAAAUAAACAGAGCACAAUGCGACUACAGCUCUCAUAAUCACGGGUCUCUGUGGGCGUUACGCAGACUAAGUGGCGUCCACCGGUGUGGCAAUAGUUCGGGCUUGUACAAAGAUGUUUUGUUUCAGUUUCUGUUGUACAGCGAGUCCCCCAAAUGUGCAAAUGUUCUCAUGCGUGUUAUUCGUGACUGUAUAGGCGAGUUGAAGAGAAUGUAAAGGUUAAGCAUUGUUCCGAUCGACUCGGGAUUAUUAGGCAGCUUGUCCGUCGUUGGUUACAUGUAGACAGCUCAUUGUGAAGUAUUUCAAAUACGAAAAAAGUGUCGGAACACAUCGGAAAGGUUGUACCUUUUUCUUGGAACGAAUAAAUGAUUGUAUUGAAA